AUGGCAAGGAAUGCACAAGUCACUUCCAAUAGACAGCCUAAACGUAAAUUGGCGACAACAAAGAAGGUGUCUAGGCGUAGUAAUGUAUCAACCUCAAGUAGUGGUACAUCGACGAGAAGAUCUAGGCCUGGAGAUCCAGUGGCACCAGCGAAACCUAGGAGGUAUCGACCCGGAACAGUGGCUUUACGUGAAAUCCGACAGUAUCAAAAGUCUACUAAUCUCCUUUUGAGAAAAUUACCAUUUUCGCGUGUGGUUAGAGAAAUUGCCAUAGAACUUAUGGAACCUGAUGCUUCCGUAGGUUAUCGAUGGCAGUCAUCUGCAAUCUUGGCUCUUCAAGAAGCAUACCUCGUACAUUUAUUUGAAGAUGCCAAUUUAUGUGCUAUUCACGCAAAACGCGUUACGAUUAUGCAGAAGGACAUCCAACUAGCUCGAAGAAUUCGUGGUGUUUGGGGAGGUCUUGGCUAG